GUAGGUUUCCGCGCCUCCCGUAGGAAGGUGGUGCUUGUGCAGCACGUUUUCGCAUACGCAACUUCGGCCUGUCGUCUAGGUAUAUAAAGUGGUUGGGGCGAGACGACAGGUUCAGAAUACUCGCUACGCUCGAUCCACGCAUCGGGUGACACCACGCCGUCAAGGGACACCUCUGACCAGCGAUAAGCUCAAACAGAAAGGGACAGGCAAGAGGUGCCGUCUCUCGGUAGCGUGCCCUCGACUUCCAGCUUCCGUUCUCCUGAUCAGUCGAUCGAAACAUUGAGAAGCAAGAUGAAGAUUAUCCUGUUAUUGUUGCCGAUCUCGUGGCUGGCCAUGUGCCUGGCGACACCAUUGGAGAAGCUCGAUAAGAUCAGCGUGCUCGAGCAGCAGUCUGUGACGCUAACGGAUCGGGCCAAGUACGAGGAGGAGCUGCUUCGAAAGCUUAACUCCAAGUGCUCGCAAAACGACAUGAGCAGCUGCGUGAUGUUGAAGUUGGUUACCUACAUGAACAAGCUACUGAAGAAGGCGUCGAUCGAGCUGACAGACGAUAUCGAGAUCAGAAAAACCAGCCAAGCCUCCGAGGAGGUGAUUACGUUCGAAGCUGGCAGAAGCAACGACGAUGAGUCUGAGGUCCUCGACCUUGUCGCCAACAAGGUGUAUGCGUUCAUCAAGUCUAGAAGCAUCAAAUGGAGAAUUCUACCGGAAGAUGACGUAGUUGUUUCCGCUUCGGAGGAUGAGAACGGGUCGUUGAAUCUUGGCUUGUCCAUCGAAAGGGCGGACAAUAUUCCAGUGCAGGAUGGUCGUGGAAAGAAGAACAAUAACAUGGGUCCGUUGAUCGCGGCGGCGGUGCUGAAGGUCGGUCUGAUCGGUGGUCUGGCCUUCAAGGCGCUCGCGUUACUUGUCGGCAAAGCGUUGCUCCUUUCCAAGAUCGCUCUUUUACUGGCCGGUAUAAUCGGUCUGAAGAAACUGUUCUCGCAACAGAAACACGUGACUUACGAGGUGGUCGCUCAUCCUCAUCACACUUCCAGUCACACGUUGGAUCACGGACACGGGGACAGCUAUUCCAGCGGCUGGGCCAGAAGUUUCCACGGUCAAGGUCCGAUUUCCGGGCAGACAGACGCUCACGAUCUAGCCUACUCGGCGCACGCGAAGUGAGUCGAGGUGUUAGACCCGUGGAUUCGAAUUCGUGGUACCUGAUGACACCGUCUGCCAUCUGUUAGACCUUGUCAGAUCCACUGAUUCUUGCCAGCACUCUCUUGCCGUUAGAUUUAAUAUCUAAUUCCUCUCUGUCACCCAUUUUUCUAUCUUCUUCAUUUGUUUUUAUUCCUCGUCUCUCGAUCUUUACCUUCCUACUUGGCCUUCUCUCCUACCUUUUUCAACGGUGAUCUUCCAUUCUUGACUGUGGACGGACAAUAGACACAGACGGCAUGCGACACAGUGUACUUUGCACAAAAAGAACUUAAAUGAAGAUCUCGACUAUUUAAUGGACUGCUUAAAAUGACACGAUGGCAUAAUUCGUGUGUAUUUGUCGUUCUAUCGACUUCUAGCGAUGAAUCGCAUACUAGCGAGCUAUUAGAAAGUCGAAUCACGAUCGUAGAUAACCGACGGACGAACGAGACGCUCCCAUAGAAACGGAAAAUCACGGACGCAAGAAAACGGACUGCCGCAUACUCCCUCUGUAACUAUACUUUAUUUAUCCAUUAAUUUAUGAUUAACUUAUUCUCCUGU